AUGUCUUAAUAAAUAUUUAGGGUGUAUUUAUAAUCCAUUUCACAUACUUUCAAGGAUAUACCUAAAGGAAACUUUUAUUGGAGAUUUCAUAAAAGAGAUAUCAACAGAAUUAUUACUACUCCUUGCCCUGUAGAUUCACCAACUUAAGAAACAGAAAUAUAAUUGUUUAAAGAAUUGAGAGCAUAGAUUGGAGUUAAAGAAGACUUUGUUUGUCCUUAAUGUCCACAUCAUGCAAAAUGUUAAAAGGCAUUUAUAUAAUCAGAUGGAGGAAAUAUGUAAACUUUGCUUUUGCCUCAUCUUUCCAAAUUUUUAGAAACAAUUAGUACUCAUUAAAUGAACCUGUAAAUUAAUAUUUAUUAAUUUAGUUAAAAUGAUUAAAAAAGUUUUUGGUUAUCUAGUACAAGGGUUUUAGAUACAUUUCAUUCAAUAUUAAUCGAUUUUUAACUCAAUUAAAAUAAAUUCAAUGAAUAAUUUUUGAGUGAUAUAGCUUAAGUUUCUGAAAAUGAAUCUAUCCAUCAAUAAGAUUCAAAAAUUUAUAAAGAAAAAUACACUAAAAAAGCAGAUUUUUUAGAUGAUCAAAAUAAUGCUCCUAAAAAAGAGGUCAGAAAAUUUGAAAAUCAAGAAUUUGACACUGAUAAAAGGUAUUAGCACAGAAAAUAAAAUCAUUAUGAAAAUUCUGACAAUAAAUUUGAAAAAUUCAAUAAAUAUGACAAAGGAGAUAAAUAUAAUAAUAAAUUUGAUAGAUCAGAAGAAUUUAAUCGAAAAGAUAGAUAUAAUAAGUAUGAUAAUUACUAAAAGUAAGAUAGAUAGUUUGAUAAAAAUAAAUAUAAUGAGUCAGGUAAAAAUGAUAGAUAUACACAAAAGUAUGAUAAAUAUGAAAGAUAUGAUAACAAUGAUAGAUAUAAUAGAAAAGAAAGACCAUAAAAAUAUGAUAGAGAAGAAAACGAAGAUUAAUUUAGACAGAAAAAAAGUUUUGAUAGAUCUGAAAAUCGCAGUCAAAGUUAUGAGAGAAAUGAAAGAAGAGAUAAAUUUGAUAGGAAUGAUAAGAGUGAAAGAGGUUUUAAAGUAGAUAGAUUUGAUCGAAGAAGUUCAGAAUUUAGUGAAGAUAGUAAAGAAAUACCAAAAAAUUAUAAAAGUAGAAGGGAUAAUUUUUAAGAUAAUUUUGAUAAUCAUGAAAAAAAUCAUUAUGAAAAUAAUAAAUUUAAACAAAAUUACAAAUAAACUAAAGUUAAAGAUGAGGAUGAUUUUAACACAUUUGUUAAAUAAAGAGAAUAAUAUUUGAAAGAAAGAGAGGAUAAUUUCGACGGAGAAAAAAAAUAAAAUUAGAGAUAGAAGGAAGUUAAGGCAAAUUAAAAUGAUUAAUCUAAUGAAAAUCACUUAAAUGAAGAAGAAUCUCCAUCUGGAAGAAAAAUUAAAAGGAGCUCAAAAUUUAAAAUGUAAUGA